CUUGAGCAGGUGUCGCCCCGGAGGGAGAGGGAGUCGGGAAUUAUCGCGCGCCCGAUGCUUGUCGCCACUCGCAGGCCAACGUAGGGCGGCAGCAAAUAGCAGCGUCGGCCCGUUGUCGUUUCUUAAGGCCCUAUUACUACUGUAUGCCUGGUCAUGUCUCGUUGUCUGUGUCUAAAUGUAUGUGUGUAGGUCCCGGUCGACGGCACGGUGCGAUCGAGUGGUGUGCUUGCGGAUAAGUGCAAUCGGCGUCCUAAUGGAUUAGUUGAAGUCAAGCCGGCUACAGAGCGACACCGGCUGGAGUAUAUUACGAUAGUAACGAACAACAUAGCAACACAGCGAGAAGUUGACAGCAAAAACAAUUAACAGCAAUUCCAUUAUUCUAUAGCUUUAGCGAAGUGAAGCUAUAGGUAAGGUGACAACAAGUAACUUUCGUCAACUCCCGCCCUCCCCAACAACGAUAGCAAUUAUGAAUUACAAACGCCGAAUCGGUAUAGUGGGCUACGGCCACCUCGGGGAGUUCCUUGUCGACGAGAUCCUUGCGCGUCCUGCGGAGUAUGAGCUCGCCUUUGUGUGGACUCGUUCAGGAACAUUUAAUCCUGCCACGAAGCGUCUUGAUCGCUCCGUUCUUCUCGAGGACCUAACGUAUUUUUACACGAGACGACCUGACCUAGUUGUUGAAGUGGCUCAUCCGACUAUCUCUAAAGCUUAUGGCGAGCAUUUCCUUAAGCAUUGCGAUUACAUGAUCGGGUCACCCACGGCACUUGCUGACCCCGAAACCGAACUGAAACUUCGUCGUUCGGCUCGCAAACCACACGGACUGUACGUUCCUUCAGGAGCGAUGUGGGGUCUGGAGGAUAUACGUAAAAUGGCCGACCGCGGUACUCUGCAGGGAUUGACUAUAACCAUGCGGAAGCACCCAAGCGCCCUACGAUUGGCCGAGGGAUCGUCCAUGCGAGCGAAAAACGAUAAUGUUUCGACUCGGCCAAUCGUCCUAUACGAGGGUCCCGUACGCGAUGUGUGCCAUAUAGCGCCAAAUAAUGUCAACACAAUGGCCGCGGCUGCAGUGGCAGCACACAAUCUUGGCUUCGACAAGACCCAAGCAUGUUUGAUUUCGGAUCCUAACAUGGCGGAUUAUCACGUUACCGAGAUUGCAGUACAGGGCCCGUCCGAGAUCGAUGGUAGAACGUUUACUGUAAGAACAACCAGGACGAACCCAGCUUGUAAAGGCGACGUGACAGCAAAGGCCACCUAUUCGUCGUUUCUAUCGUCGAUGCUUGCGGCCGAAGGAAAGGGAGCCGGAGUACAUCUCUGUUAGCCAAAAAUAAGCAUGUUCCUGAUACGUCCCUAAUAUUAACGGCCUGAAGAAAUCUGUGUAAAAACACAAUACGUUAAAUUGUGGCACGAUAAGCGGUUCAGUGAUUUUCGAUAUGCCCUGUGGCAGCUGUUCGACCUCGAAAUCGUGAAAAGAUGCAGUACCAAUGGAGUGAUUAUCCACACUAUCAAUAACUCUAAAGAGGAUAAAUAAACUAAUAUGAACGAGAACCAUACCUAGUGAACAUAAGAGUCCAUUAGUGGCAGUAUUUUAACUGUUGUCAAUGGCAUAGGAUGGUCAGCAAGUUUUAUGCACUUUUGAACACCUAUGGACGUUCUAACUGAUUCAUCUACGAUACACAUGACAUGUAUUGGAAACAGAAACCUUAUAUAGUCGAUUAGCUUUUAGCACUUUAGAGAAAACGAUGUUUUUUUUAACAGACGUUCUUGUUAACUUUCAACUCAAAAUAAAUUCAACUUUGAGUUUGAAGGCAGAAUUGUACACAUGCUGAAUUCUAGUUUGUCCUGCUAUCCUUCUUCAACAUUUAUCGAAACAAGCAAGGCAGUUGAAGAAAUACUAAGCGUCCAACGUCUUUUCCCUGGUGAAAAAAUUCUCAUCCAUUUUGACCCGGUAAGAAUUUCUGCGUCGUGAGUCCACCAUACGUCUCUGUUGUCGUUAGCUUGCCGGUGAAGAUGCGCACUCAAGCCUUCAGUAUUGCGCAAACUGCCAUAAACCGUUCGUCAAAGUAACAUGGCAGUGUUUCGGAGUCUUCCAGAAACAAUGAUGGUGGAGUUCAAUUGCCCCAGCUGAAAUAUUCUACAAAAUGACUAUUUUGUAUUGUUUAUGGACUUGACGACUUGAUGCUUCCCGUGAAACAACGAAGGGGCAAUUAGAUUGUCAACAGCAGUCUACUUUAACGUGGCAAGAAAAAAUAUCCCACAUACUUAGGUUAGGUAGAAAUAACAUUUGGAUCAUAAGCCAGUUUACAGUGAUAGGUGUAUCGAUGCUACUGCAUAGAACUGUUAGCGUAGCUUUAAACCAUACGUCUCUUGUUUAAAUUUCAAACGAUUUACUACUUAUCUAAGUAAUAAACCGUUUAAAGUAUCACGGACCUGCUAAAGGUAAACUCUUCUAUUAGGAACUAAGAUGUUUUCCUUUUCCAUUACAUGUAUUUCGUUGAUAACCUGCACAUUAUUGCGUUAAGCUUCCCCAAGUAUCGUCCUCAAGGUUUUUUGUUAUAAUAACAUAUAGUAGUAAUGGCGACACCCACAUUAUCUUAAAGAACACUGACGGCACUUUUCUGCAUAAAUCAGAUCCGUAGUAACCUUGCGGUUUGUUCUAUUUGUUGUCUGUAAUAAAUGCCGAGACAAUUACAUGUCGUAGCGCGUACUUUUUCAAACGGUCUUCAAGUUUUUUUUUUU